AUGAUAGAUUCAAACCCACCACUCAUUCACCAUUAUGGGGCGCUUGUGAGAAACUCUGGCGAAGCCAAACAGGCUAAAGGUUUCAAUGAUCAAAACCAUGCUGUAGUGGAUACAUGUGACCUACCUUUGAUAGACCUUGGUGGACUUGAAAGUUCUAAUGAAGGAGAGAGGAAGGCUUGCACUGCAGCAAUAUGCAAGGCUGCAUCAGAAUGGGGAUUUUUCCAAGUUGUAAACCAUGGGAUAAGCCAUGACUUGCUAAGAAAAAUGAGGGAUGAACAAGUGAAGUUGUUUGAAGUACCGUUUGAGAAGAAGAUCACUUGCGAGCUUCUGAAUAACCCUUAUAGGUGGGGGACACCAACAGCUACUCGUUCAAAUCACUUCUCAUGGUCUGAAGCUUUCCACAUUCCUCUCACCAUGAUCUCAGAAGCUGCUUCCUGGGGUGAAUUCAGUUCUUUGAGAGAAGCAAUAAAUGAGUUUGCACCAGCGAUGCUAGAAGUGUCUAGGUUGUUGGCCAGCAUUCUAGCACAAAACCUGGGCUACCCAAAUGAUGCAAUUGAAAAACUGUGUGAUGCAGGCACAUGCUUUCUGCGAUUAAAUCACUAUCCAUGCUGCCCAAAAUCUAAAGAAGAAAUUUUUGGAUUAGUGCCUCACACUGACAGUGAUUUUCUUACAAUCCUUUAUCAAGAUGAGGUCGGUGGACUCCAACUCAUGAAAGAUUCCAAAUGGGUUGCUGUAAAACCAAACCCAGAUGCUCUAAUUGUUAACAUUGGAGACCUUUUUCAGGCAUGGAGUAAUGAUGAGUACAAAAGCGUGGAGCACAAGGUUGUGGCGAACGACAAAAUGGAAAGAUACUCCGUCGCAUACUUCCUAUGCCCUUCUUACAAUACUGUCAUAAAUGACUGCAAAGGACCUUCUGUAUAUAGGAAGUUCACUUUUGGAGAAUACAGACACCAAAUUCAAGAAGAUGUCAAGAAAAUAGGACACAAAAUUGGACUUUCAAGAUUUCUAUUUUAA